GUUAAAUCUACUAAGAAAGGCAGUGCAUCCACAGAUCCUAAGUACUCCUCUUCAACCUCGAACAACCUUAGUUCAGAGACAGAGACUCCAAGCCCCAAGCUUAAGCCUAAGCUGCAACGCUUCACUAUCAAAAAGUUCAAGCUUCGUGUCCGAACCGCCUUCUCCCGCACUCGUGCUUAUUUGAAGAAGAUGUCUGAGCGACCUCUCGAGGCAAUCAAGCGAGCCACAAAGGCCGCCGACCGUGCCCCUCAUCUUCGCAAGAAGAACCGCACCGGUGCAGACACUGUCGAUGCUCUUGACACUACUGGAUUCGGCGGAAUCUACCACCAUGACGGUCCUUACGACGCCACGCUUGCCGCCCGAAACCGCGAUAAGCGAUAUGCUCCCGUGGAAGCUGUCAAAUAUGGAAACAUGGAAGCUCUCAAGGCCACCCCCCGUGAGAACCUCGUCGAUUCUCUAGAACGCCAUGUCCCCCUACAGGGCACAGCGACAAUCCCGCCCGGUGAGCGAGACUACAGCGGUCGCGUCAUGCAAUACGAAGAGGGCACCGAUCUCAUGCGCGAGGAAGACGCUCCAGGUGGCCCAUACAAGCGAUGGGAUCACAUCAAGUACCACCCCAACGACCUAAAGGGCAAGGGGGAACCCGCAUACACCAUCGAGGAAGACCUCAAGCGCAAGAAGCAUCUACAACGCAAAUCGCUCGGUCAGCCUGGCGCCUUCGAGAUGCAGCCCAAGGGCCGCAGCACUGCAACUGCCGGCAAGGGCGGUGACGUCACUGUUGUUCGGCCACGGAGUGCCAGUCUGCAAUCGGCAGGACCGUCUGGUAGUUCCAAAGGGAAGCGACUCAGCGACGGCAUUAAGCGCCGUAUUGGCAGCAUUCGACGCAAGCACGACGACAUCUAAGUGCCCACUCUAUCCUAGUUUGAUCAUUUGGUCCAGGGCCGUCAUUGCCG